CACUGUACAUAGGACUGAGCCGCCAAUAAUUAGAUUAGAGUCAUAGAGUGACCUCUCUCUCUCAUUCUCACUUUGUGUAGCUCUCCAACUCUCCCAAUAGCCGCGGCACCUCCCCCUCUCACGCCGCCGCAAUGUCGCUCUCUUCCGCCAUAUCUCCGUCAUCUUACGCGGCCAUCGCCGCCGCUUCCUCUGCACGGACUCCCAUUUUCAACAAGAAAAAGACGGCGGCGGUUCUCUCUCCCCUCUCUCUUUUCCAUCAGUCUCCCUCUCUCUCCAAAACAGGUAUAUUUUUGCAUCGGGGAAGAAAGGAGUCGUCGUCGAAGUUUUACAUUGCUGCUUCCGUUACAACUGCAGUUCCUUCUCUCGAUGACUCCGUUGAGAAGGUUCAGCUCCCCAGGGGUGCUAUGUGGUCUAUUCAUAAAUUUGGAGGCACCUGUGUGGGAAGCUCUGAAAGGAUCCGAAAUGUUGCAGAGAUAGUUGUGGAGGAUGAUUCUGAAAGAAAGCUAGUUGUAGUCUCUGCAAUGUCAAAGGUCACAGAUAUGAUGUAUGAUCUAAUUUACAAGGCGCAGUCACGGGAUGAUUCUUAUGAAUCUGCGCUCGAUGCUGUUAUGGAAAAGCACAAGUUAACAGCAUUUGAUCUCCUUGAUGGAGAUGACCUUGCUAGAUUUUUAACUAGGCUGCAACAUGAUGUUAAUAACCUCAAAGCAAUGCUUCGUGCAAUAUACAUAGCUGGUCAUGCCACCGAAUCUUUUUCGGAUUUUGUUGUGGGACAUGGAGAGCUAUGGUCAGCUCAGCUGUUGUCAUUUGUAAUAAGAAAGAAUGGGGGUGACUGUAAUUGGAUGGACACACGAGAUGUUCUUGUUGUAAAUCCUGCUGGAUCUAAUCAAGUCGAUCCUGAUUAUUUGGAAUCUGAGAAGAGACUUGAGAAAUGGUUCUCCAGCAACCAGUGUCAGACAAUUGUUGCUACAGGUUUUAUAGCUAGCACGCCUCAAAAUAUACCUACAACUUUGAAAAGAGACGGAAGUGACUUUUCUGCCGCUAUAAUGGGUGCUUUAUUAAGGGCUGGUCAAGUCACGAUUUGGACUGAUGUUAAUGGUGUAUAUAGUGCAGAUCCUCGAAAAGUUAGUGAGGCUGUGGUAUUAAAGACAUUGUCUUAUCAAGAAGCCUGGGAGAUGUCAUAUUUUGGGGCUAAUGUGUUACAUCCCCGUACUAUCAUUCCUGUGAUGCGAUAUGACAUUCCAAUUGUAAUAAGAAAUAUAUUCAACCUAUCUGCUCCGGGAACAAUGAUAUGCCGAGAAUCUGUAGGCGAAACUGAAGAUGGGUUAAAAUUGGAAUCUCAUGUCAAAGGAUUUGCUACUAUUGAUAAUCUGGCACUCAUUAAUGUUGAAGGAACUGGAAUGGCUGGUGUUCCUGGUACAGCUAGUGCAAUUUUUGGUGCUGUCAAGGAUGUGGGAGCUAAUGUUAUAAUGAUAUCUCAGGCUAGCAGUGAGCAUUCUAUUUGCUUUGCUGUGCCUGAGAGUGAAGUGAAAGCUGUUGCUAAAGCUUUGGAGGCCAGAUUUCGUCAAGCUUUAGAUGCUGGUCGUCUUUCCCAGGUUGCUAUUAUUCCAAACUGUAGCAUCUUGGCAACAGUUGGCCAAAAGAUGGCAAGUACUCCUGGCGUGAGUGCUACACUUUUCAAUGCGCUUGCAAAGGCCAAUAUAAACGUUCGUGCUAUAGCCCAGGGCUGUACAGAGUAUAAUAUCACUGUAGUUCUCAGUCGAGAAGAUUGUGUGAGGGCUUUGAAAGCUGUCCAUUCAAGAUUUUAUCUGUCGAGAACCACAAUAGCAGUGGGUAUUGUCGGACCUGGAUUAAUCGGAGCUACUUUACUUGACCAGCUCAGGGAUCAGGCAGCAAUCCUCAAGGAAAAUUCUAAAAUUGAUUUGCGUGUUAUGGGUAUCACCGGAUCGAGAACAAUGCUUCUGAGCGAAACGGGAAUCGAUUUAAGUAGAUGGAGAGAAGUCCAAAAAGAGAAAGGGGAAACAGCUGACCUAGAAAAAUUUGUACAACAUGUGCGUGGAAAUCAUUUUAUUCCAAGCACUGUUAUAGUAGAUUGUACAGCAGACUCUGAAGUGGCAAGUCACUACCAUGACUGGUUGUGUAGGGGAAUUCAUGUCGUUACCCCAAAUAAGAAGGCAAAUUCAGGACCCCUUGAUCAGUAUUUGAAGUUGAGAGCUCUCCAGCGGCGAUCCUACACACACUAUUUUUAUGAAGCUACUGUUGGUGCUGGUCUCCCGAUCAUAACCACUUUGCAGGGACUUCUUGAAACCGGGGACAAGAUAUUGCGAAUUGAAGGCAUUUUCAGCGGGACUCUUAGUUACAUAUUCAACAACUUCAAGAGUACAACAUCUUUUAGUGAAGUGGUAAGUGAGGCAAAAGCGGCAGGGUAUACUGAACCAGAUCCAAGGGAUGAUCUAGCCGGAACUGAUGUUGCUAGAAAGGUAAUAAUUCUUGCUAGAGAAUCUGGAUUAAAGCUCGAACUGUCUGAUAUUCCUGUACAGAGCCUUGUUCCAGAACCACUAAGGGAUAUUGCGUCAGCCGAAGAAUUUCUGCUACAGCUACCACAGUUUGAUUCAGAUAUGACCAGAAAACGAGAGGAUGCUGAAAAUGCGGGGGAAGUUCUAAGGUACGUUGGGGUGGUGGAUGCUGUAAAUCAAAAAGGUGUUGUUGAAUUGAAAAGAUACAAAAAAGAGCACCCGUUCGCACAGCUUUCUGGGUCCGAUAACAUCAUUGCUUUCACAACUGAAAGAUACAACAAGCAACCUCUAAUAAUUCGAGGUCCCGGUGCUGGGGCAGAGGUGACAGCUGGUGGAGUAUUCAGUGAUAUUUUGCGGCUUGCUUCAUAUCUUGGUGCACCAUCAUAAUCCAUUAGUUGAGCUCUCAAUGUUUUACCCUUUGUCAGUCCAAAUUAUGUUAUAGAAUUUAGGGAGCUUUUGCCUAUUAUUAGGUUAGUAUAAAAACACUCUUCUACACUGCAUAAGAGAACACUUCCUGCAAUUUGGGUUUCUUUAGUGGCUUUCUAGCCUACCCAAAUGUGACAUAGUCUCGACGAUGCAGAGUUCAUAGAAUUGCUACAAUGGGAUGUAUUAUAGAACCAAGCCAAUUAAAAGGUGUAGAAGCAUCCUUAUUUGGUACGGGAAUUACGCAUUAAUAAUGCCAAAGUGUUGUAACA